GAAUAAACCGAACUGGGCUACUACUUCCUUAUCACGCUUCACGACAUAAUUAUAAAAUAAAAAUACUUUCUAUCAAAAACAUAUUUGUUGACCAAAAGACAUGUCUGGAAUUCCGCCGGAUUCUUGGCAACCCCCCACAGUAUCGCUGGACACAACGAUGGGAACUAUCGUGCUAGAACUGUACUGGAAUCAUGCGCCAAAAACAUGCAAGAAUUUUGCAGAGUUGGGCAGAAGAGGAUAUUACAACAACACCAAGUUCCACCGCAUCAUCAAAGACUUCAUGGUUCAAGGAGGUGAUCCAACAGGGACAGGUCGUGGUGGUGCAUCUAUAUAUGGCAAGCAGUUUGAAGACGAAUUGCAUCCAGAGUUAAAAUUUACAGGUGCUGGAAUUCUCGCAAUGGCUAAUGCAGGGCCAGAUACAAACGGAAGCCAGUAUUUCCUCACGCUGGCUCCCACACAGUGGCUGGAUGGGAAACACACUAUAU